AUGUCGAGCAACGUUGAAUAUCCCUCUCGCAUCCAGCCAACCUCAAUACUCACUCUGCUGCAUUAUAUCUCCCCUACCCCGCAACCUCUGCCGCCACACCUCGUCGCCUCUGAACUAGCGCUUCGGCACUCGUACCUCAACAUCGCCACAGAUGAUCCAUCAUACCUGAUAUGGCCCGGAGCUGAUGACGAAGACGAGCGCGCAAAGACCGCCCUGGAGCAUUUUCAAAGACUGCCGCUAAUAGAUGAUCUAGAAAACUUCGACUUUGAGAUCCGCUACACAGGAGGCCCAUCAGUGUCUGCUCACGUCCAAGUCGGCGGAGAUCUUCGGCUGGUCUUCCAAUGGGAGGGAGCAUGGAAAUACAUGAAUGCUGCCCCAAUGCCAUUCCCAACGGAAUCUCUCAAUGAUGUGCCUCCUCCUCAAUCAGGCGACGAUGUCGACGGCGAUGACGAUGUCCCAGAAGCUCCGGAAUCGUAUUGGGGAGCCUAUGAAGCGACUCUUCCAGACGGUGAUGAUGGAGUCGUGAAAGAGAUGGAGGGAGCGGCGGAUUCCUAUUGGGACAUGUACAACGCCGUGCAUGGAAGCGGCGAUUCCGAAAUACCCUCUCCUGCUCCUGAGAAAACUAGGCGCCCGGAGCAACCGUUUGCAUACACUUAUGCUGAGAUGCACCCGCCCACGGAUCCUAUGGAGUCCCUAGCUGACCGCCUCGAAAUUUUGGCUAAUCGUCAGCCUUCGACGCCGGAUGAAGACACGAUAACUGUAGUUGAUCGCACCGGCCCGGGCGUGUCUGGGAUUGAUGCACUCAGGGACAGCAUCCGAGGGUCAUGGAAGUUGUUUACAGCACGGUCGGACGCGACUUCAAGCGAUCACGACAUCUUUCUCAGAAUCGUUCAAGAGGUUCUAGCUGAAACAUAG